CUCCAGGGAGGCGACCACCACCCCUUAUAGGACCCAAUUUUCUUGCCGGAUUCUCGUGUCAUUACUUCUAAGCAACUUUUCUACCUUGCUAUAUCACCAUAAAAACAUACCUUGGGGUCGUCAACGCCGUGGAAAGUUACGUGUCUUGGGUCUUGCGAGCUCCUGUCAAUAGCAUCAACAAAGCCAUAUAUGCCACGAUUCUGAGCCCACUCCUGCCAAAUUCCUUCCAAGUACCCGACCGUUCGACUUGAGGAACCUUGCAUUCAAACUAAUCGAUUGGGGUUGGACACAUAUUCACGCGUGAACCAGACUCUUGCACUCUACUCUUAUUCCCUUCCUUGCCCCUCCUUGUAUUCAUUCUACUUUCCCCCCCUAUCCAUCAUGCCACCUGCUCGGAGUCUUCGUACGAGAGGCACGAUGAACGAGAACGACGAGAAUGGCCCAUCGACGCGUCUGACGCGGGCCAAGGCCGCUGCCCUGUCAGUCAAUGACGCUGGUGCUCCCCCCGCCAAGAAGCCGCUCCAGACGAAGAAGGCUGCGACCGCUACUACCACCACCGGAACCCGUAGACGCGCCGCCCUUGGUGAUGUGAGCAAUGUUACCAAAGCAGAGAAUGGAGAGACCAAGGAGGCCAAGAAGCCAGCUGCUACGAAGGUUGGCCUGACGUCAAAAGCAACAUUGCAGGCUGGUGGAGUUCAGAAACUUACUCGCAACAACUCGUCACGCGCUGCCCUGGGACCCAAGGACAGCAACCCCAAGAAGCCUACCACAGAAACAAAGCGCCCCGGAAGUGGAUCGGGCACCAAGCGGACAUCCAGCGAAAAGGCCAUCCAAGAGAAGGCAGCUGAGGAGGAACCACGCCCCCGAAAGAAGGUCGAAGUCGAGAAGAAGGUCACCGAACAGAAGACUGUCGCCGAAAAGAUCACCAACGCGAAGGAGGAUGUCAACGUUCCGGUCGAUCCCAAGGUUUUGCAAAAGCCUGUCGAUGAUUUUGUCGACGACCUUGACGCCGAAGAUCUUGACGAUCCUUUGAUGGUUGCUGAAUACGUCGUCGAUAUCUUCGAAUACCUCAAGGACCUUGAGCUGGAGACCUUGCCCAACGCCGACUACAUCGAACACCAACCUGAUCUGGAGUGGAAGAUGCGCGGCAUCCUUGUCGACUGGCUCAUCGAGGUCCAUACCCGCUUCCGCCUCCUCCCCGAGACCCUCUUCCUUGCCGUCAACAUCAUUGACCGCUUCCUCUCUGCUGAGGUGGUGGCUCUGGACCGUCUUCAAUUGGUUGGUGUCGCCGCUAUGUUCAUCGCCUCCAAAUAUGAGGAAGUCCUUUCGCCACACGUUGCCAACUUCACCGACGUCGCAGACGGAACUUUCACAGAUCGUGAGAUCUUGGAUGCUGAACGGCACAUCCUCGCUACCCUGGAGUACAACAUGAGCUACCCCAACCCCAUGAACUUCCUCCGUCGAAUUUCGAAAGCAGACAACUAUGAUAUCCAAACCCGUACUCUUGGCAAGUACCUCAUGGAAAUCAGCCUUCUGGACCACAGGUUCAUGGGCUAUCGCCAGAGUCAUGUGGCCGCUGCUGCCAUGUAUCUGGCUCGACUCAUCCUUGACCGGGGUGUCUGGGAUGCCACCUUGGCUCAUUAUGCCGGUUAUACUGAAGAAGAGAUCGAUCCGGUCUUCCGCCUAAUGAUUGAUUAUCUCCACCGCCCUGUCUCUCAUGAGGCGUUCUUCAAGAAGUACGCCAGCAAGAAGUUCUUGAAGGCAUCCAUCCUUACCCGGCAAUGGGCGAAGAAAUACCACCACUUGUAUAUCAACAGCUCACUAUCUGAGCCCUACUCUUAUAUGAAAGACCAUGAAUAAAUAACCCAGGGCCUCUGGUGACUUAAUAUCGGCGUCAGGCAGCACGACCGAGGAUAGGAGUUUGUUGAUUCCAUAUGAUGGUAUUUCAUUCGUGAUGGUAUUAGGCACCUCUUGCAUAUGUUUAUGAACGGCAUCUUGUUGUUUUCGGUUGCGGACGUUUGCAUCUUCCCUUCUUCCAGGGGUGUCUGGCGCACAUCUGGUUUUGUUUUCUCUGCUGUUCUUCGAUUCUCUUCAUUUCUGGUAGUAUCUGGGUUGUUUCGCACUUGCUUUGAUACCUUACAUAACCUUCUCCCGUCUUACCCUGUGUGACUUCCAGGCGUCGGACAUUUCAAGGACGGAAAUUUAUUCGCUUCUUAUUUUUGGAUCAAAGUUCUUGUUCAUCGGCGUCGGGUACUCUUCGGACUUAUUACACAGCUCCCGCAAGACCGUGACGAUAUAUCUACCACCGCAUUAUCUUGGUCAAGGCGUGCGGAAUGAACCAAUGCCAUACAGCUACGACAAUACGCAUCGGGGCAUAGACCCAAGGUGAGAGAAGGGUGAAAAGGGCUUAUUUUUGGUAUUAGUGUCUUUCAUGUUGAGUUAGCGGGGUUUAUCACGGAUAGAGUGGGAAGGAUAGCGGUAAUGUGCGUUAAAAAUGGUUAGUUAGCCUUGAACUACCAGGAAGUUUGUAUACCAGCCCUUGAUGCUACUUGCACAUCACAUAGAUAUCAGCC